UCAUUUCCCUAUAAUUCAGCUUUCCUCUCUCUCUUUUCAUUCUGAAUCUCAUCCAAUCCCCAUUUCCUCUCUGCUGCUGCUGCUGCAAAAAAAAAAUCUCUCUCUCUCUCUAAUGGCGUCUGGUUCUUCUCACAGUCUCCUCUUCGUUUCUCUCCUCAUUCUAUCUCUCACAAUCGGAGCUUAUGCAAGACCAGGCGUUCAUUUCCAUCCUUGCAAAACCUUUUUCAUCUCAUCCUUCACAAUCUCUACAUUCAAACCCACCCAAUUCGCAAACCCUAAUUUCCCAAAUCAAAGCCCAACCGAUUUCGUAACAAUCUUCACCGAAAUCAACCGAUUCAAUCCUCACCACCACCAAUUACAACAGCCUCAAUUACCAGAUUUGCCUCAACAGCCAUUCGAGAUCUUCGUUCAGCGUCAACCAGAUUUCGAGUUUUCUAGAAGAAUUCCAAGAAUUCACCGUAGAUUCCAUAACCACAACCACAAAAGUUUUGAUGAAACCUUUGGUGUGAGUUCCCUUCGUGAGAGGACUAAGGAUAUUCUUAGUGUUGUGAUGGCUCUUCUUUUUGGAGCUGGUUGUGGUGCUUUGACAGCUGCUACUAUGUAUUUGGCUUGGUCUUUGAUCACAAACAGGUAUGAAUUUGUUAGAUCUGAAGAAAGUGAUGGUGAUGAUAGUGAUUUUGAAUAUGAAAGCCCUAAGAAGAUGGGCUAUGUUAAGAUCUCUUCAGAUCCGGCUCCUGUUCAAGCAGUUCAGGUUCCUGCCCCUAAAGAAGUGGUGUAAGGAGGUAAUUAAGGUUAGGGGUUUAUUAAAAAAAUGGUGGUGUAGAUAUAUUAGUAAUACAAAAUACAAUAUGAAUCUGGGUUUAAACUCCCUAUGAAUUCUAUGUUUUUCUUUUUCUUAAAUUUGUAUGUGUUUGUGGGUGAAAACCUGUUUACUAGUAAUGCAAACCUUAAUUGUGUUGUUGAUGUUUCU